CAUCAAUAAUUUAUCUCAAAAGUCUACACAAUGGCACAGCCUUCAAGCUCAUCCACCCCCAACACCUCGUCCGGCUCUGAAAAGCCAGAGCCGGCCAUGUUGUCACCUCUCACUACUGAUCGAUACCUCGGCCCAAUCGCACCAAUCUUUUCCAAUGAGCGCCGUGAAUUAAGCAGGGCAGAAAUCGGUUCUUACUACAACAUGAAAGCAGCACUCGAGCGAUCUGGUGUACAGGUUAGUGAUCACAAACACUUCUUGUUAUUAGUUAAUGACUAACGCGACCGAUAAUUAGACAGAGUCUGAAUGGGAUGGAAGCACAAUCGACUACGCCCAGUACUAUAACCAUCGCUUGUUUCACCAUGAAAAUUGCAUGUGCCCUCACGACCUCGGCCCCGCUUUCAAUGGCCCAGGAAAAUGGAAUAGAGGUGCAUACAACUGUUACGAUCCGAAAGACUACCCCACUGCCGCUACCGGAACUCCUACUCAAUCUUACCAGACUAAUGGAAAUGCCGGCGAGUCUUCAGCGAUGGCAGCUCAAAGCUUCCUGGGCCGUGAGCGGCAGCAAUGGGACAGAAUCCAAGCCUACUGGAAUCACGAAUACAUCAAAUCGCCAUUCGCGCCCUCGACACUUGAAGAAUACCUCACGUUCAAGGGUGAAACCGUCAAGGCUAAGCAGCUUGCUCUCCUCAAGAAAAUAGACGACGACUUCAACCAGCACACGGACCCAAACAACCAACCGGUCCGUGUUCAAAUGUCUCCGAGGUUGCUUCAGAUCCACCAAAACGACGGCCUUACCCUAGUUAACGCGCGAAUUUCCAUCUGGCAUCAGAAUCCAACCUUGUUCAUACCCAUCGACUGGCCGGUCCUAUGGGAAUAUGAGUACUACCAGGGAAAGCAGUUGCCUUUGCCCCGUGUCCAACUUGUUGACGAAGCGUUCGAGCAUCUGGUCACGCGCUGGCGGAACUUCCCUGACCACGGUCCAGGCGUCCCUCGCCAGUUUCGAAAGAUCGCCCAGCGGGCCCUUCGUCCCGCCUAUGACAACAUGACUGCACCGGAAUUCGAGGAUAUGACCCAGGAGCGCGACAGGGAGGUCGCAGAACUCAAUAUGGAUGACCUGAAUGGCUUCACCCGGGAACUCCUACAAAAUAUCGACGGAUGAUCUAAGAUCUGAAAGAUUGUAAAUGGCAGCCCUUUAGCGAUGAUUUAUGUCGUCUUUAGUUUCAUUUGUUUUUCUUUUAGAGGGGGGAAAGGGGGGUUCACGGGAUCUUCAUAUGUAUGGAAGAUUGACGUGGAAAGCGGUAUGAGGUUAUGCAACUGAGCAGGGUAGUGCUGGAAGCAGGAUCUGGGGUAGAUGAUAUGAGUGUGCGUCUCCGAUGUUGUUGGCGCAUGGAACAUAUGAUCUUCAGGGAUACUGGAUCUUGUACAGGAUGGAUUUGGCAAGAAUGGACUUUACAGGAUUUGGACUUUGCAGGAUGGAGUUUCGCUAUCUGCUUCAUGAGAAGGGCUGCCUUGAGGUUCAUUGUUUCCUGGGCGUGGCAGUUAGACUAAACCAAUGAUGAAUAAACUGCGAUAUACCUAAUGCUCCCUCCUUUAAACGGGAUGUUUGACGACGUCUUAGAAAGCACGUGAAAAUUGGAUCUGUUUGUGCUGUGUGAGUUGUGCAAUUUAUCUUACAUAUCUAUUCAAACCACACAUAUGAGGCUUAAACUAAUAUUUUGAACUAUGUUGUAAAAGGGUAUUUUUGUAAUA